AUGAACCUGGCAUUCCAGCCCCAGAACAACAUGAAUCUUUCUCCAGUUGAGCUGGCUGUGGCAGUUUACGUCUUCUUUAGGGAUCUUCCCCACAGCGAACUACUAGUGGAUGUCGGCGACUGCAUCGCCAGCAGGGUAGCCCUGAUGACCCUUGUUCCGAGAGCAGAGGUUGUGGACGAUGUCCUAAAUGUGGUCAUCCGGAUGCUGACACGGACUUCAAAACAUACUCAAUGGUUCCUCCCCACAAGCAUCAUGCAAGCCGCACUCAAAGGCCGUACGCUUACCUCAGGCACUGCCACCUCGCUUCGUAACAACUACAUGCGGUGCAAGGUGGACAAGGUCACGAGGAAAGAAUAA